AUGGCGUCGAAUGGCGAGAGUGCAACCAAGAAGGUCAAGGUGACCACCGCCGAUGGCUCCAAUGUUGCUGUCCCGGCUGAUCUCGAAAAGCAGAUUAUCCGUCAAGUUGAGUAUUACUUCUCGGACCGCAACCUGCCCCGUGAUUCCUUCAUGCAGCAGAAGCUGAAGGAAAGCAAAGAGGGCUGGAUUCCCUUGACCGUUCUGCUGACCUUCAACCGCCUGAAGCAACUGUCGGAGGAUCCCGAAGUCAUUGCUGCCGCUAUGCAGACGGUCGACGACCCCCUCGUCGAAGUCAGCGAUGAUGGCACCGCUCUGCGCCGCGCGCCCACCAAACCCUUGGAGGAUCAGAAGGACCUGAACGAGCGUUCCAUUUAUGCCAAGGGCUUUGAUGUCGAGAAGCUCACCAUCGACUAUGUGCAGACCUGGAUCUCCAGCAUGGGCUGCUUUGCCGAGUCUGUUUCGCUGCGCCGCAAGCUGGGCAGCCGUGAGCUGAAGGGCUCGGUGUUUGUUCAGUUGAGCUCUCGCGACCAAGCCGAGAAGAUUGUUGCUGAACCUCGUGAAUUUGAUGGCAACAAGAUCUUCGUGGAGACCAAGCCUGCCUACCAUGAGCGCAAGCGCGAUGAGCGUCGUGACAAGCGCAUGGCCAAGAAGCAAAAGGAGGACGAGAAGAAGAUGCAGCUCAAGUACGAGGCUGUCGAGGCCACCAUGACCAAGGAUGCCGUGGUGAAACUUGAGGACCUGCAUGAAGACUGCAGCCGCGAGGACCUCAAGGACGUCUUUGAGAAGUUUGGCGACGUGGCUUGGGUGGAUUACACCCGUGGUGAGCCAACUGCCCACAUCCGUUUCAAGGAGGAGGGCAAGGCUAGCAGCGCUGUCCAGGCUCUUACGGAGAGCAACGCUACCAUCAAGGACAAGCCCGUCAAGGCCGAGGCGCUCAAGGACCAAGAGGAGAAGGAGUACUGGGUCAAGAUGGAGGAGGACCGUCAAGCCAUGCGCUCGCGCCGUGGUGGUGGCCGUGGUGGCCGUGGCGGCCGUGGUCGCGGCCGUGGUCGUGGUGGUCGUGGCGCCAAGCGCAACAAGUAAAAUCAAACCAUCCUACGUCAUCUCAAAACUGUUGUAUGAGUCGACAACUUGCUGCUCAUUGCAUCUCGUGUCUUCUAUCCCUGGGUCUUGUCACCCAUGCGCGUGGAUGCUGACACGCUCGUUGUUGUUAUCGCUUCCACUGCGUGCUUGUUUGCGGUCAGCUCUGCUUGUUGAAAGCGGCUUGGACACCUGUCUCUAACCCGAGUGAAGCCCUCCAGUGUUAUUGUUCAUGUAUUUUUGCUGUGUGUUGGUCGGUGCGGUCGUCAAGCUGAGGUGACGACAAACAUGUCUCUUUGUAUCUCUUUUUUUUUUAGAGGAUGGACUCAAUCCCCUCAAUCCCACGAGUGAAAUC